UCCUCAAGUUGGAGAAUCAAAUACUGGUUUCACAUAUUUUACUUUAUCACCAAUUGAGAAGAGGCAGGCUCAUAGGCAUGUUUUGACAAAUUGUCGUGCAGUUGAUAACUAUCUUAGGGAUUAUAGAGAUAUUGUGAAGAAAAGAUUAAGAAGCCGAACAAGGGAUACUACUGAGAUAGACAAAAAGGUUCAUAGAGAAUUUGUUGAUUGGUUCUCUAAUCAUAUUUGUACUAAUCUCAACAAACUUCCUGAUGUGGAUAAAGACAUUCUUAUCAGUCUUUCUCAAGGACCAUAUGACCAAGCAAGAAAGUUCUCUUCAUAUGAUGUUAACGGAUAUAGAUUUCGAACUUUAGCAAGGGAUAAUGGAUUAAAAACUCAGAAUAGCGGAGUCUUUGGUACAUUUGGAACAAGAAGUUACUCAAGUAGUAAAGAUACCCGAAUGAACUUUGGUGCGGUACCUUAUUAUGGAAAGUUGGUAGACAUCAUUGAGCUUUUCUACAAUGGCUUUACAGUUCUCUUGUUUAAAUGUCAAUGGGCAAACACAACUAGUCCUAGAGGAAUCAAAAAAGACAAUUUGGGUUUUUUAUCUGUGAACUUUACAAGACUCAUACAUACUGGUGAACAUGAAGAUGACGAGGCAUAUAUUAAAGCUUCUGAAGCCCAGAUGGUAUAUUAUGUGGAUGAUGAGAAAGAAAAAGGAUGGUGCAUACCAAUUCACUUGAAGCCAAGAGAUUUGUAUAACAUGGCUGGAGAUAAUAUGGGUGAAGAUGACGAAAUUACAGUAUCCAAUGAUAAUUAUCCACCACAAGACUUAGAGUCUCUUUUUUCAGAUGAAAAUACAAAUAUAAAAUUGGCGAGAAUAGUUGUAGAUGAUGAUCUUCCAAUAAUCAAUGAAAACUAUGAUGAGAAUGAGGAUAUGCUUGUGUAAAAGACAUUGAGCUUACAAGACUAAAAAAGAAGUGCUAAGGAGGUUGAGGCAGCUGAGGCUGCAAAAAGAAGUGCUAGAGCUGCAGUUGCUUCAUUGCUUCCUUCCAAGUUGUUUGGGAAUAAGGAUGCUGAUUCAGAGGCUAAA